CCGUUUCUCCCAGGGGAAUGACGUUCGACGAUUGUUGACCUACAGUUUGGUAUGCUCUUCGUAUCAGCACAGUGGCUUGCCGACUACGAUCUUCAAUCUCUGCUAGGGGUGAACAUUCAAACCGCAAAACCGACACCGACCAGUAAACCGACUGUUAAAAAACCGAGAAAAUGGUGCCACGUCAUAACCGAAACCGUUUAAAAAAAAACCGACCACACCGCUGUAACUGGCGGUCGGUUACGGUUUGGCCAAUAAGUUGGCGGUUAUAACUGUAACCGACCAUUUAUUUCACAUUUACAAUAUAUUAUAUCUUCAAUACAUAUAUUAUAUAAUAUUAAUAUACAUUAAACGUUUUCAUUUAUAAUUAUAUAUAUAUAGUUUUACUUUUUUUUUUUCAGGAAUCUUUUCCUUUUUUCAAUGUUACUUUAUUUAUAUAUCACAUUCACUCACCUCACUCACUCCACCCACCCACGCGGCACACCACCAAACCAAAGGUAAAACCAAUCAAUUACUCCUCAACUCAGUAUUUUAUCUCUCUACUGGGUUACCACAAACUAAACACACAAAUCAAAAGAAAGAAAGAAGGAAAGAGAAGCCAAGAGGAGGAGCGGCUGGAGUGGGAAGAAAAAAAAGGGUUUCACCUAAAUUUUUUUAGCAACCCCCAAGGCCCAAACUGGUCAUGAUGAGUUUAAAUAGAAUAGAAGAGCAUGUUGAAGGUGAUUCAAGUACUGACAAUGGGUGUAGUAGAAAUGAUGAUGAUAAUAGUAGUGAUAAGUUUGUUGAUUCUGGAGUUGGAAGAACAAAGAGACAAAGAAAUGAGAGAAGUAGGAGUAAGAGUAUGAGUAAGAGUAAGACAAGCAAGGGGAAGAUGAGGGAGAAGGGGAAGAUAGAAAAAAAUGAGAGAGUUGAGUCAAGAAAAAAAACGAUUGACAUCAGAUGUGUGGGAUCAUUUUAAGAUGAUACCAAAGAAACAUCCCAAUGACAAACCAAGAGCUGCUUGUAAUUAUUGUGGGAUAGCUUAUGCAGCAGACACAAAAUUAAAUGGGACUAGCACACUGCGUAAUCACAUAGAAAAUCAGUGUAAGAAGUACCCACUAAGUGUAAGAGUGGAAGAUCAGAAACAAAAACUCUCAUCACUCACUAAAAAAUCUGGUGGGGAAGAUACUGAGGAGUGUGCUAGUAGCUUAGUUGCAGUUUCAUGGAGCAAAGAAUGAGCUAGACAAUCCUUAGCUAAGUAUAUUAUUCUAGAUGAGUUGCCCUUUAUACAUGUUGAAGGGGAAGGGUUUCGACAAUUUGUGAAGUAUAUGCAACCAAAGUUCGACCCUCCUUCUAGGAUAACAGUUGCAAGGGACAUUUAUCAAAUGUUCUUAUCUGAAAAAGAGAAGUUGAGGAAUAUUUUGAAAGGCCAAAGGAUAUGUGUUACCACUGAUACAUGGACAUCAAUCCAAAACAUUUGUUAUAUGUGUGUAACAGCACAUUAGAUUGAUCGAAAUCGGGUCUUACAAAGGAGAAUAAUAAGCUUUGUUCAAGCUCCUAACCAUAAGGGUGACACUAUUGCAGUAGAGUUGGUUAAUUGCUUCAAAGAUUGGGGAGGGUUAAAACUUUUCAGUGUAACUGUUGAUAACGCUUCUUCAAAUGAUGUGGCCAUAGAUAAGUUGAGAAAGAAAUAUGAGAAGAAGAAAGACGUCAUGGUUUUAAAUGGGAAGAUGCUACACAUGAGGUGUGUUUGUCAUAUUAUAAAUUUGAUAGUGGGGGAUGGGUUGAAAGACGUGCAUACAUCAAUUUCAAGUAUUAGAAAUGUUGUUAGGUAUGUUAGGUCCUCACCUGCAAGGUUACAGAAGUUUAAGGAGUAUGUUGCCGAUGAAAAUAUUGAGUCUAAAUCUCUUCUAUGCUUAGAUGUGCAAACGAGGUGGAACUCCACUUAUUUGAUGUUGGAAGCUGCGUUGAAGUUUCAAAAAGCUUUUGAGAGAUUGGAAGAUGAUGAGAGCUACUCCAAUUACUUUAGUGAUGGAUUUAAUGAAAAAAGAAUAGAUGGUCCACCAAGUGAUGAUGAUUGGGCAAAUGCCAAGGUCUUUGUGAGGUUCUUGAAUACAUUUUACACAUUGACACUAAAGUUUAGUGGGUCUUUGUAUUCUACUUCAAACUUGUAUUUGGAUCGAAUAUCUGAUGUUCAUAGACAAUUGAAAAGUCUAGUUAAUUGUCAAGAUCCCAUACUGAGUAAGAUGGCUGGCAAUAUGCAUAACAAGUUUAACAAGUAUUGGGGGAAAAGUGAGAGAAUGAAUCAUGUGUUGAUACUUGGUAUGGUGUUAGAUCCAAGAUACAAGUUGGCAUAUUCAAGACAUUGUUUGAGUUUCAUUUUUGAUGAGAACGAUGUUGAUGCUUUGAUUAAAUCUGUUGAAGAGACUCUGCGGGGCAUGUUUGCUGAAUAUGGUGAGAGGUUUACUCCUAGCACCAAUGGUAGUGGGUCACAAACCCCAUCUCAAACUUCUAGCAAUGUCUUAGAGUUGAGCUCAUUGAAUGAUGAGGAUAUUGGUGUCAAACAGUUAUGGAUCCUACAACAACAAGCCAAACAAUGUGGAGGAACAGAGGUGGAUACUUAUUUUGUGGAACAAACAGAGGAUCCAACAUCUCAUGACUUUGACAUAUUAGGAUGGUGGAAAGGAAAAACUAAGAAAUAUCCCAUACUAUCUGAAAUCGCUAGAGAUGUGCUUGCUUCUCCAGUGUCGACUGUUGCUUCGGAGUCGGCUUUUUCCACAAGUGGUAGAAUUCUUGAUAAUUUUAGGAGUUCACUAACUCCUAAAAUGGUUGAAGCAUGCAUUUGCUCCAAAAAUUGGUUUAUCUCUUCACGUGAGCCUGUGGUUGUAAGGCAAUACAUGGAUGAAGUGCAAACCUUUCAAGAUUCAAUUGAAGGUGUGCCAGGUAAUGUGGAAUUAUAAAUUCACAAUAUAAUGUUCUUAUUUUAGUUUUAAUUAAUUUAUUUGUUCAUUAUAUUUUCUUAUGAAUUUUGUAGAGGAUGCUUCUACUAUUACAUCAGAGUCUCUAGCUGAAGCAAGUCAAGAAGGUGCAGCAAGCUAGAUGGAUGAAGUGCAAACUUUUCAUGAUUGAAUUGAAGUUGUGUCAGGUAAUGUGGAAUUAUAGUCACAAUAUAAUACUCUUAUUUUAAUUUUAAUUAAUUCAUUUGUUCAUUACAUUUUUUUAUGAAUUUUGUAGAGGAUGCUUCUACUUUUACCUUGGAGUCUCUAGCUGAAGCAAGUUAGAUUGGGCAUAAGCUAGACUAUGCAUGUUAUUCCUUAAAUAUUGUUGUUUGUAAUGAACUUGGUCAUUGGACUCUUUAUUUUUAUUUUUAUUUAGACA